AUGGCUACCAGGUCAGCCGCGUCGCGCAAGUCCAUCUUCAACCUGAUGCGCCUCUCGCACGGGGGAGGUUGUCCCUGUCACUCGUGCCAGUCCAUCGCGAGGGGAAGUGGAGCUCACCUGGCAAAGGCGGGCCUCCAGAUGAUCGGCAAACACAAUGCUCAGGGGGGAAGGAGCUACGCCACCCCUGUCGAUGAGGCCGUUGCUAAGGAGUAUGCAUUUGAGCUCGCUGCGAGUAAUGUGCGAUUUGGCGAGGGAGUGACUAGGGAGUACUUUGCUCACGCGACAGUAAUGGACUUUGCCAACCUAGGUUCCAAGAAGAUCGGCGUCUUCACCGACUCUACAGUGCGCAACCUCACCCCGAUGAAGCAGAGCAUUGCCGCCCUAGAGCUAGCGGGCGUCGACUACGAGGUCUUCGACCGAACGCGCGUGGAACCCAACGACAAGAGUUGGGCAGAGGCCAUCACCUUCAGCCGCCAGAACAACUUCGACGGGUUUCUUGCCGUAGGCGGUGGCUCGGUGAUGGAUACGGCUAAGGUUGCGAACCUAUUCACGUGCUAUAGGGACGCUGAGCUCCUCGACUUUGUCAACGCGCCCAUCGGCAAGGGGACGCCCAUCGGCCGCCAACUGAUGCCCCUCAUCGCCGUGCCCACCACAGCGGGGACGGGGAGUGAGACGACGGGGACGGCCAUUUUCGACCACACGCCCACGCAGUCCAAGACGGGCAUCGCAUCGCGCGCCCUUCGCCCUUUGUUGGGGAUUGUCGAUCCACUCAAUACGGAGACGUGCCCUGUAUCGGUACAUGUCAGCUCCGGGCUGGACGUCCUCUUCCAUUCCCUCGAGUCGUACACCGCCAUCCCUUUUACGGAGCGCACGCCUCGCCCGGCAAACCCGCUGCAGCGACCGGCCUACCAGGGGUCGAAUCCUAUUUCCGACGUCUUUAGUCUCUGGGCGUUGAAGCAGACGGUCAAGUAUCUGCCUAGGGUAGCGCGAGACCCGACGGAUACCGAGGCGAGGGGCCAGAUGCUCCUGGCUGCUACUUUUGCCGGUAUCGGCUUCGGUAAUGCGGGCGUCCACCUCUGCCACGGGAUCAGCUACGCCGUCUCCGGGCUCAACUAUCGCCUGGCCAAAUACAAGCACGCAGGCUACCAAGUCGACCAUCCCAUCGUUCCCCAUGGCAUAUCCGUCGCCCUAACCGGUCCUGCCGUCUUCGAAUUCACGGCUCCCUCCGCCCCCUCCCGACAUCGAGCCAUAGCGCAAGUCUUUGCCGCUGGAGGCGAAGAGGGCCCUUCCUCGGAGGAUGCGGCCAUUGCCCGUUUGCCGGAUGAGGAGGUGGGGAAACUGGUGUACGAUCGUAUUGCCGAAUUUUUGGGAAAGACACUGGGGAUCCCGAGGGGGUUGGGGGCUAUUGGGUACAAGAAGGACGAUGUGCCUGAUUUGGUCAAGGGGACCAUCCCGCAGCGUAGGGUGUUGGAUUUGGCGCCGGGUAUUGGAGAUGUGCAUGGGAGCGAUGGUGCGCAGCAUUUGACGCGAGUGAUUGAGAGGUCCAUGAGCUACUGAGACGAGGUGGCGGAACUGUAUCAUCAUUGCUGGAUCGAUGUGGUAUCAAUGUCAAGCCUGCAAU